AUGACGGACAGCAGGCCUUCUGUCCGGCCAGUUCGAUACUUCAGCAUAGACCGAGUCUUCCGCAAUGAGAGCCUGGACGCCACUCAUCUGGCCGAAUUCCACCAGGUUGAGGGCCUAAUCGCGGACUACGGUCUAGGACUGGCUCACCUCAAGGCAGUUAUUCGCGCCUUCUUUGCUCGGCUUGGAUUACACAAGUUGCGUUUUAAGCCAGCCUACAACCCUUACACAGAACCGAGCAUGGAGAUCUUUGCUUUUCAUCCAGGCCUUGUCAAAUGGGUAGAAAUAGGCAAUUCUGGUCUGUUCCGGCCAGAAAUGCUUCGUCCCAUGGGCCUACCAGAUGGCUUAAACGUGAUCGCUUGGGGUCUUUCUUUAGAACGGUAA